CGAUCUCAGGGCCGCAUGAUAAACAUGGCCAUGCCGUUGCUUGCUCCCCAGUUCUUAAUUUCUUCUUUCUCCUCGUCCCCCGUCACCUUGUUCCCUGCCUGCGGUCAACAGCUCCGUAUUCAUGUCUGGCCUGCUGGGUCAACAUCCAAAGGGGUGAUAUGGCCAUUCAGCUGCCUCAAGAAGAGCUGGGCACAGCUAUAGGAGUACUCUCUUACUCCUUGUUCUGCCUAGCAUGCAGUGUUCUCAUGGCAUGGCUGGUGUAUGCCCAUCGUGAAGGUCUUAGCUAUGUCGCCCUAGUAUCAUACUUCACUGGUUUGUCGACGGCUGCUUCUGUAGCCCAGCAGAUUCACACAAUUGUACGAUGGAGAGACAUCAAGCUUGCACAAUUCAAGCAUUCAAACGCCAACGUCGGCAAUCCUGAGCUUGCCAUCGCCGGCCAGUCAACUGGCUUGGACCUAGUGCUUUUCUAUAUCCAAUUUUACAGCUACAAUGUUGAGGCAGCCCUGACUUUCUUUUGGGCUGUCGCUCUCACGCAAUCGAUCUUCCAAUUGGAACCUGUAAGAUCCACACGCAAACGAGUCAAUUACGUCGCAAAAGCUAUUGCUAUCUUGCUACCCGCAAUUUUGAUGGGGAUCCUACGACUCGAGGCUGUUCAGAAGCAGACAGUGCCCUUUCUAGUGUUGGCUGAUGGUAUCAUGGGUUUCUGUCUGAGUGGCAGCGGAGUUCUCCUCAUUGUCAUAUUGGUCAAAUACAUCCACACCCGCCGAAACCUUCUUUCUUGGAACGUUCGAUAUGGUCAACGCUCCAACAGCACGAAAAGCAGCGACACGCUCGUCUUCGACAGCGGAAGCGAAACACGCCGCCGAAGUAUCUAUGAUCGAUGGCUUGUUGUGCGAUUCAGCAUAGCCUUCGUUGCGUUAGCGUGAGUACAGCCUCAAAUGGGGACUUUCCCCCAAGCCUCAAAGUCUGUAGUAUGGGCCAACGAAGCUAACCGGGUGGUUUUUCGUUCUUCUUCGAAAAGCAUCUUUCAGGUGGUGACCAU